CCGAGUCGGUAUGUCAGUCUCUGCACUUGUUAUGUGCGGGUACAGCUCGCUCUGUAAGGAGUCUUCUUGCACUUUUCCACUCAUGACUUUAGUCCCGUGAUCUGCCUUCGUCUUAAUCACACCUGUUCAAGUCUCUGUGUGUGAUGAGGAAGAAGCUCUGGAUCCCCACAGACUGUGAAUAAGAUGUCAGUGUGGAUUUCAUGCCUUUCCUCGUGGCCUCACUGUGGACUCUGAUCGUCUACCUGAGUUCAGUUAAAGGAUCAUUUGUAGUGGAUGUGACACAGAGCUCCUAUCAGGCAGAGGAGAACCACAACAUCACACUGGAGUGGACGUUCACCACCAAACCAGACACGCCCAUCUCAGCACUGGAGAUCCUCUGUUACCUGAAUAAUGGCCACAAAGAAUUGACUCUUUAUUACCUACAUGAUGGUGUCGAGUUCUCAGAGGUUCAGGAUGAGAAGUUUUCAAGACGAGUCCAGAGUGACAAAGACGCCCUCAGAGAAGGACGAAUCAGACUCCAGCUGUCCAGACUCAGGACUGAGGACUCGGGUCUGUACCUGUGUGAGGUGGACACAGGUUAUGGCCACGGCUACAGCAGCUGCAGAGUCACCGUCUCUGAUACAGAUUUUGCUAAAACCUCAACAACAGAGACGUCACUGCAAAAUCCAGCUCCUCAGAAAAAGACUCCAACAAACGCAGGUCGAUCCAGGGUCCUUGUGGUCAUUGUUGUCAUCACCGUACCAUUAGUUUUGGCUCUCGCUGGUUUUGCUGCAUAUUUCUUUCACCACAUUUUGCAGAAACUUAAACAGAAGCAUACAGAGGAUGAUGAGACACAAAAACAACCACUAACAGUCUAGCUGCUUUGCUAAAGGAGCGUUGGUCUUAAUGGAGCUGAGAGAGAUUUAUUUUUCCUGGACCUUCACAUUUAUGUUGGAUUCAAACCAUCAACCACAGGGAGACACUCGGGCCCAGCAUCACUGAGAUCAUCAUAAGGUCACGCCUACAAAAGGAUGUGAGCCUGAUUUGAACUUUGACCUCAGCUGAAGACUCGAGCCUCGUCCAGUUAAUUUAUCGAGCUCAUUUUCACACAAAGUGUCAUAAAAGAAAACCCAGAGUGGAAGAUCAGAGGAUGUAAACAGGAAAUAUUUCUUACAGAAGUCUUCAGUCAGAGUGGCUGCUGUCAGACUCUGGAGGAUCUGCUUGGAAACAUCAAGCAGUGAAACUGAUGGAUUUCCUCCUUCAGUACAAAACUGUGAAGUUCAGCCUGGAGAAGAAACACUCCUCUGCCUCACUGUCAGCGUGUUUAAUGAAUUUACUUACUGGUUGUUUGUUUGUUUGUUUGUUUGUUUAAGGUGAACUUAAAUCUUUCAGUAAGACCUCAAAGUGUCUCUGAUGGACAAAUUAAAGGGUUAAAAUCCUCCCUGAUCAUCACUGUGCUGGACUGACAUGGAUCAUUCCCAAACAGUCUUUUCCAUUCCAUCUGCAUUCAUUACAGAUGAAAGUGGAUAUUUUCAACACAGUUCAUGUGGAAAGAUGGGGGGAGUGGCCUGAAAAUUGUGUUGGUGACACAGGAGACUGGAAAAGCACCAACAAGUUUUAAAGUAACAGAAACAGGAUUCAUGGAGCUCAUAAGGAGAACUCCUUUGUUUUACUGACUUCACUGUAUGAAAGCAGACUUUGUUACCACAGCUAUGAGCUCUGAUUGUUUUUGUUUUCUUUCUAUCAUCUUUACUGUCUCAGAGAACCUGAGCUAUAAGCUGAUUACUUUAAACACCCUUCGUUAAUCAUCUGCUGCACUUUAUAAACAUCCAAAACAAGGUGAUUUACAUUUUACAUCUCUGGAUUUUUAAAGCUACAAAUAAUUCAUUAAGUUUAAUGUUAAACUUCCUGCUGGUCAGGACUCGAUGUUCAGUCUGUAAAGUUCAGUCUGAUUUGUGAUCGUGUUUUCAGUUUAGUGCUGAGAGUUACGAGUGUAAAAGUGUUCCAACGGUUUUAUUUGUUAAUUUUUAUUAAAUCUUUGGCUCAU